ACCUCUCCCCUACCACCUUCCCCCAGUCUCUCGCUCUCUCUCUAAAACUCCAGACCCACGCUAGUGAGAAAUGGACUCCACAGUCGCAAGAAGGUUCUGUUUCAUAGAAGAGGACGACGGCCAUGCCUCUCUAGCAGAGGCUAGUUUCUCAGGAAACCAACACCACCACCCUUUCUUCCUCUCCAGGCCUCUCUAUUACAAUACUCUCUCCUCUCAGUCCAAAAAUAGCCUCAGAAACCUCUCGUUUUCUUCUUCUUCUUCUCCGAGAUCUGGGAGAUUUCAGGAUUCUGGUAAAUUCUACUUUGAGGAAGUAGUAGUACACCAGCCCUAUUUCUUGGAGGCUUGUUCCCUUUGCAAAAAGCCCCUCGCCGAUAACAAAGACAUCUUCAUGUACAGAGGGGACACUCCAUUCUGUAGUGAAGAGUGCAGGGAAGAGGAGAUAGAGAUAGACGAAGCCAGAGAGAAGAAAUGGAACCUCUCUGCUACAAUGAAAGCAUUGAGAAAAGACAAGAAGAAGAAAUCAAAAUCCACCUCUCCAAACAAGGCCCAAGGCUACCCUUAUCGCUCUGGCACUGUGGCAGCCGCUUAAAUCAAAUGAAAAAGGAAAAAACAAACGAACAAACUUCCUGGUUACUUUUCCACCCCCAUUAAAUCAGUGGAAAUGGAGAAUCCAUGGUUUUUGUGAUUCUGUUCUUUAAAGAGGAAGGGCCAUCGGAGAGGAGGAGAUCUAAUGAGGAAGACCCAUUUUGAAGAUUUUUUGUUUUUAUUUUUAGUCAGUGUAGUAAAAUGUAAAUUGCUAUAUGAAGCUUGGUUUUUGUUUCCUUGUGAACAUCUUGGUUAUGGCUCUUUUUGGUGGUGUGUUUUCUAAGGUUCCUUUUUUGGGCAUAUAUCGGUACAGAGAAAAAACUGAUGCAUGAAAAUUUCAUGCCUCAAAACAUGAGUGCUUAUAUAUGAGGCUGAGGCUUGGUUAUUUUUGUUUC